AUGCUAUUGGAGCUGAGAAGCUUCUUCCGCGGCAGUGGGAGACUAGCCGAUGAUUCUUACGCUCGCAGUCUUGAGGGGGAAGCAGCCUCGCGUCCUAGCAAUGAUCUGCUGGCCGUGGUCAAGACAUUCCGAGGCAGUGUAUGCUCUGUGGUGCUGGAUAAAGUGUACGCGCUGCUCAGCAUUGUGGAUUGGGAGGGACGACAACCACUGCGAGUCGACUACAUGAUCGAUGAAGUCCUGUUAUACUAUCGGGCUUUAUCAUCGGCGAGACACGUCGAUUUCGGGUACGCAGAACACCUGAGAAGGGGCCUGCAAAUCGAUCAGCGCUUACUACUAGAAAGGAGCGUCCAGCUCUUUCAGGAUGACGCAGUUGCAAAGUUGGAGAUUGAGACGGCCUUCAGCAUUGCUGCAUAUACCGGCCCCAAUUACGAUGGCGAGGAUGGGAUGAUUCCACCCCGGUUCCCUCGUGCGUUCGGAAAGAUGCCGUUUUCUCUUCACUUACACCAGGGCGUAGUCCGGCAGAAGGACUUAUUGGCCCAAUUCCGAGGCACAGAUGUGUCGCUCGUGUUUGCCAGAGUGGGAACGACCGGAAAAUACACUGUCAAGGGGAUGAUUUUCACAGUUUGGAGCAGCCUGCUGAAUCACUCUAUUGUGCACUGCCCCAACCGAUGUCUCAACGAUUUCAGCGACAUUGAGCUCGAGCUGGAAGAUACUCCCGCCAUCUCGGAUGUUACCCACUUCGUGCCCAUCAAGGCCAAGUCUUGGUUGUCUCUCUUCCGGCACCACUGUCAGAAAGGGGAGGCCAGUAUGGUGUUUAACAGAAAGAACAAUAAAAGUACAUGA